AUGUGGCGCGCACAAAUUGCCGUGAAUCCAACGCAGAAAGAGAAGUUGAAACAGCAACAGGAAGAAAUAGACGAUUGGGAUACUGAUCCAGAUUUCAUUAAUGAUGUAAGUGAAAAAGAGAGUCGCUGGGGUGCGAAGACUGUUGAAGGAUCUGGCCAUCAAGAAUCAGUUUCACUAGAUCAGUUACGUAAAGAAGUAAUUAAAACCGACAACUUAAUAAGCGCUAAAAAAGCAGCAGAAAUGCCAAAAGCAAGCGAAGGAUAUGGCGGAAAAUUUGGUGUGCAAAAGGAUCGCAUGGAUAAGUGUGCCAAAACAUGGGAAUAUGCCGGUAAAGUAGAAAAACAUGCAUCGCAGAAAGAUUACGCUAAAGGUUUUGGUGGAAAAUAUGGUGUUGAAUUAGACCGAAAAGAUAAAAGUGCUGUUGGUUGGGAUGAAAAACUGGUCCUUUCUAAACAUGGAAGUCAAACAGACUAUGCGAAAGGUUUUGGUGGGAAAUACGGAGUUGAGACUGAUAGAAAAGAUAAGAGCGCACUUGGUUGGGACGAACAUGAGAAACUUCCACAGCAUGAAAGCCAAACAGAUUACAAGAAAGGCUUUGGCGGGAAAUUCGGUAUUCAGGAAGACCGUAAAGAUAAAAGCGCACAUGGUUGGGAAGAACACGAAAAGCUGCAUCAGCAUGAAAGCCAAAUAGAUUACAAGAAGGGGUUUGGUGGUAAAUUUGGUGUUCAAGAAGAUCGUAAAGAUAAAAGUGCAGUUGGCUGGGAAGAACACGAAAAGUUGGCAACACAUCAAAGUCAAGUAGAUUAUAAAAAAGGGUUUGGCGGAAAAUUUGGUAUUCAAGAAGACAGAAAGGACAAAAGCGCUGUUGGCUGGGAUAAUUAUGAAAAAUUAGAACAACAUGAAAGCCAAACAGAUUACAAAAAAGGUUUUGGUGGUCGUUUUGGUCUGCAAGAAGACAGACAGGAUAAAUCAGCAGUGGGUUAUCAACAGCAUGAAGAAUCUGCUCAACACGAAAGCCAGAAGGAUUAUCCUAAAGGCAAGACUCUAAAAUCUACAUAUUAUCUUGAAAUGUUAAUAAGAUUCCAGGAACAAACAGCGAAACGCAAUACCUUGUCUGGUGCAUCAAAAGGAAGAGCCUUGAAUCUACGUGCUAAAUUUGAACAACUUUCAAUUACUGAGAAUGAUGAGAAAGUGCAGCAGGAACGUGAACGCCGAAAACGAGAAGAUGAAGAACUGCGUAAACAACAGCAGAAAGAAGAAGAAGAAAGACAGAAAAAGAUUGCUGAAGAAUGGAAGCGACGUGAAGAACUAGAGCAACAGAUGGAUCCAGAAGCAAUUCAAGAAGAAAUACGACAGUAUGAACAGUUUCAUCAUAAUGGAGGUGCUCCUAAACGGCAUUCUCGUGCUCCAGCUGGUGCUGUAGCUAUAAUGCCUGGAAUAGCAGGAUUGCCUUCUAAACGCGAGACUUCCACUGAGCCGCGCGUGUUUUCUGAAACAGAAAAUGUUUCCGUUACGUCAGAAAAAUCCUCUCCACAACCUGUCAAAUUGCCACUUUUCAAUCCUUCACCUAAUAAAAUUUUCAAUGGAAUAGAACGUCACGAUCCACAGUGUGACGAAAGGAAUGAAAAUAUUCAGAACUGGAACAAUGAAUUACGGAACAAUUUUGCACCCGUAUCAGUUCAUUCAGAGAUAGAAACGUUGGCAGCUGAAGCAGGAGCGUUAAGUGGAAAUAGAUACGAUGUAGUACCGGGAGAUGACGCAGUACCGUCUCCAACACCUGUAACUCAAUCGCUAUUGGAGACGACUAUUGCGCAUAAUGAAAGACAUGAAGCAUCUCCUUUAGAGAGAGAGAUAUCGAAAACAGCGGUAGUAGGUGACCCACUUUCAUCACCAACGCACCCGCUUGGUUCUACAGGUCUUACAGCUGUUGCCAUUUAUGAUUAUCAGAAACAGGAUGACGAUGAAAUCAGCUUUGAUCCCGAUGAUAUCAUCACUAAUAUUGAUCAGGUUGAUGCUGGUUGGUGGCGUGGACUUUGUAACGGGCAGUAUGGUUUGUUUCCAGCAAAUUAUGUCGAAUUACGAUAA